AUGCAAACCAAUGAACGUGUCGUCACUACUGUGGACGAACUGACAUCUCGUGUUGCGCAGCGUUCAAACCUUUCCGGCGACGCCGUUCCCUUUACACCUUCAUUUCUUCAAGUUCCAGCAGCGUCAACAACCGUACCAACUACAGUAACGCAGCAAUCAGGAGUAGUAACGGUGGCUCAUGUGCGUGAAAACGGAGGGAAAGGGAUGAGUGAAGAGGGAAAAUUAAAGAGGAGAAACCACAACAGCAAAAGCGGCAAUAGAAAGGCAAACAGAGACAAAGAUCGCAAAGAUGUCUCCACGAUUUCACCACAACAGCAUGGUGGGGAGAGUGGUGGGGAUUUGGAAAUGUGUCAAGAGGAAAUUGUCAAAGCUUUGACAUUGGUAGCACCCAUUUACAAUGCACUGGAGGGUAUGACUGAAGACGAGAAGUUGCUUCUUGAGGGUUACUUAUGCAACUCGGGAACGAACAAUGAAAGCGAAACAUACGACAUUGACGAAGAUGAUCGUUUAUUUGUUAACGACGAUGAUGGGAUUAACUCGGAGGAGGAAGUGUGGAUACUCCAACAGAUGAUGGACGCGGAUGCACGGGUGUGUGAGCAACACGAAGAGUAA